AAACCUUGUAAAAUUCAUCCCCAAACACGAAGGAAAAAAAAAAAAAAAAAAAAAAGGUAGAAAAACCCCUUAAACCCUAGAAGCUGCUGCCGCUUCUAGACCCUUCGUUUCCUUCUAAAAUCACCAGUUCUCUACCCCAAUUUCUCCCAUUCUCAAAACUAUCUUUCUGGGGGCCGUUGCUACUGUUCAGUUUCUGUAUUCACAUACACAUAAUGUACCGCUUCUCCACCGGCUUCGCCUCCAAAGUUCGGGUCGCUAGGAAAAGUACCCAGCAGAUUGGUACUAGAUUGAGUUGGAGCAGGAAUUAUGCGGCCAAAGACAUCAAAUUCGGGGUGGAGGCCAGGGCUCUUAUGCUUAAGGGUGUCGAAGACCUGGCCGAUGCUGUCAAAGUCACCAUGGGUCCUAAGGGACGUAAUGUGGUAAUUGAACAAAGUUGGGGUGCUCCAAAGGUGACAAAAGAUGGUGUAACUGUUGCAAAGAACAUUGAAUUCAAGGACAAAGUAAAAAAUGUUGGAGCCAGUCUUGUGAAACAAGUUGCAAAUGCCACCAAUGAUAAAGCAGGGGACGGGACCACCUGUGCUACAGUACUUACUCGAGCAAUUUUUGCCGAAGGGUGCAAGUCAGUUGCGGCUGGGAUGAAUGCAAUGGACCUAAGACGUGGUAUUUCCAUGGCAGUUGAUGCUGUUGUUACACAUUUGAAAAGCAGUGCGCGGAUGAUCAGCACAUCUGAAGAAAUUGCACAGGUUGGGACAAUAUCUGCAAAUGGAGAGAGAGAAAUUGGCGAGUUGAUUGCUAGGGCUAUGGAGAGAGUUGGCAAAGAGGGAGUGAUCACAAUACAAGAUGGGAAAACAUUGUAUAAUGAGUUGGAAGUUGUCGAGGGCAUGAAGCUAGACAGGGGUUACAUAUCCCCUUACUUCAUUACUAACCAGAAAAACCAGAUGUGUGAAUUGGAAGAUCCUCUCAUUUUAAUUUAUGAGAAGAAAAUCUCAAGUUUAAAUGCUGUCAUCAAAUUAUUAGAGCUGGCUUUGAAGAGACAAAGGCCCUUGCUAAUUGUUGCCGAAGAUGUGGAAAGUGAGGCCUUGGCAACUCUUAUUCUGAACAAACUUCGUGCUGGAAUCAAGGUUUGUGCCAUCAAAGCCCCUGGUUUUGGUGAGAAUAGGAAAGCCAAUCUGCAGGAUCUUGCCAUUCUUACUGGAGGAGAACUGAUAACUGAAGAGCUUGGCUUGAAUCUUGAAAAAGUGGAUCUUGAUAUGCUUGGAAGUUGCAAAAAGGCCACAAUAUCGAAAGAUGAUACUGUUGUUCUUGACGGUGCUGGGGACAAGAAGGCCAUUGAGGAAAGAUGUGAACAGAUCAGGGCAGCAAUUGAAAAUAGCACAUCUGAUUAUGACAAAGAGAAGUUACAAGAGAGAUUGGCCAAGCUUUCUGGUGGUGUUGCUGUGUUGAAGAUUGGAGGAGCUAGUGAAGCUGAAGUUAGUGAGAAGAAGGAUAGAGUGACAGAUGCCUUAAAUGCCACAAAGGCAGCUGUAGAGGAGGGUAUAGUACCAGGUGGUGGUGUCGCUCUUCUUUACGCAUCAAAAGAGUUGGAAAAGCUGGAAACUGCCAACUUUGAUCAGAAGAUUGGUGUUCAGAUUAUUCAGAAUGCACUCAAGACACCUGUGUACACAAUUGCUUCUAAUGCUGGAGUGGAGGGGGCUGUUGUUGUUGGUAAGUUGUUGGAAGAAAGUGACCCAAAUAAAGGAUAUGACGCAGCCAAAGGUGAAUAUGUUGAUAUGGUCAAAUCCGGCAUAAUUGACCCAGUGAAAGUAAUUAGGACUGCUCUGGUUGAUGCUGCAAGUGUGUCAUCUUUGAUGACAACCACCGAAGCCAUUGUGACUGAAAUACCCAAAGAGGAUAAAGAGGUUCCGGCUAUGGGAGGUGGUGGCAUGGGCGGCAUGGAUUAUUGAGGAUCCUGUUAGCAUGGGUAAUUGGGGAGCACAAUCAUCCGGACAGCCUUGAUGUUUUAUCUCCAAGAUGUAUACCUGAUGCAAACAUUAGGGAUUUUUCGUUUUAAAUCUUGAAUGGUUUGGUCACAAGGUAUCCAUGUAACCAUAGCAAGAGAACCGUGCAGGUAGUUUUGGUAACUUAGGAUUAAACCUGUGAUUGUUGCUGCACUGAGGAAUCACCAUGUACCGGAACUAGAAUUUUUGCCGUCUACUUUGCAAUCUAAAGGUUGUUACUACUA